CAAGCGAGAAGCAAUCAUUAUUUGCUCGGCUUCCCGAAGGGAGCCGGGAGACCUAACCCUAGCCCUAGCCGCCUCCUGCUCCUUGCGCCGCCGCCCCUUCCCUCGCGCAUGACGGCGCCCUGCCGCCGGCGACCGCAAGCUCCGCCACGUCCAGCACCCUCCUUCCCCUACAACCUUCGUCCUAGACCUGGUAGGGUCCUAGCUCCUACCAGUUUAUCUUACUGCUAUAGGCUUCGGUGCUUCAUUUCUAGGUUAAAUUUUAUUUUUAACUUGUAUGUUCGGAUAAAAUAUUAGUUGUGAUUAUAGAAUGAACCUAUGCUGAGUUAAUAUAAUGAUCCACCUAACUAACACAUCCAAGUUUUGCGCCCAUAGUAGCUACACAAAUAAGUUCUCGUCAAUACCUGUGCAGUAACAAUAUGAAACAACUACUAGGAGGAAACUCCAUAUCCACUUAUCUAAGUAAUUUUUUGGAAGGAAAACGAACAAGGAAAAGGUGCACCGGCUUUUUAUGUUUCUGGUUUAGGAUGUACUGUAGCAGACAGCCACCUAGUAGCAGAAUACAACCAAGCAAUAUCCUGCAUGAAGAAAUCAUUAUCAUGUACAAAUUAAAAAUAGAAAUGUCACUCAAAGUUAGGAUUGAGUCCUGAAGGGAUUGUGAGGACGGACGGCUAUUUAGGUAUGUACAAAAGUGUUGGAAGUCUCAACGGUCGUCAGUUUGGCAUACCACAAGUGGAUAUGCUUAGUUGCUUUGGCCUUUCUUCUUCUUAAUGAAAAUGAUGUGCAUUUCCAUGUGUAUUUUAGAAAUUGUUUCAAUUUGUGUAACCAACUCAGCCUAUUCUUCUCGCAGUUAAUAUCUAGGUGCCAACUAAAAUAUAUCAUUCUUAUACUUUCUGAGGUAGUAUUGCCGGAAGUGAUAAAAUUCCAAAACAUCUUAUGAUCAAGAUUAUGGAAAUAUUGAUGAUGUUCGAAGAAGUAAUCAAAUAUUCAAGUUUAGGAGUGCUUGUUGAGGCACAGUUGUUUACUGAUUACAUAAAAAAUACAUCAAAUAUUUUACCACAUUCUAUAGGAUGUUUUCAUUUCAGGGCACCCUGCAUGAUCUUGGUCAGACUGGCGCUGGUGCCUUUCAAUUCCCGGUGUUCCACGAGAAGCACCCAUGCAUACAAGCAUCAGUACAUAUAGCAAAUGUACAGAAAACAUGGUAUUCCUUUGAGGAUGACAGAAUCCAUAAAGAUCGGUUCCUCAUGGCCAUUGGUCUGGGCACUCCGGCCUUUGUGAAUCUCGUCACCAUCGACACCGGCUCAACACUUUCCUGGGUUCAGUGCCGACCUUGUCCGAUAAGAUGCCAUAAUCAAGAUGAAGAGGCCGGACGGAUAUUUGACCCCCUUCAGUCCUCAACUUACCAAAGCGUUGGCUGCUCAACUGAAGAUUGUGGUUAUGUGCAUGAAACACUUGGUAUUCCCUUUGGCUGCAACGAGGAGCAAGAUAGCUGCCUUUACAGCUUGAGAUAUGCAUCAGAAGAGUACACGGCCGGAAGCUUGGUCAAGGACAAGCUCACUUUAGGAAACAACUUCAGCAUUGAUGAUUUCAUGUUUGGCUGCAGUGGAGAUGACAGGUACAAUGCAGCUGAUGCAGGCAUUAUUGGAUUUGGGGGUGCGACUUACUCCUUCUUUCGUCAGGUAGUUCGCCAUACCAACUACACCGCGUUCUCUCACUGCUUUCCUGGUAAUCAUAGAAACGGAGGGUUUCUAUCCAUCGGGCCGUAUGAUCGGUACAGUUUACAGUUCAUUCCGUUGGUCGAGUACGGCUCGCACGGAGAUAACCCGGUGUAUGCUAUUCAGCAGCUGGACAUGAUGGUCGACGGGAUACGGCUUGAAGUCGACCCGUCAAUCUACGCAACUCGAAUGACGAUACUGGAUUCUGGCACGAUCGACACGUUCAUUCUGUCCCCAGUGUUUCGUGCGUUUGACAAGACCAUCACAGCGGCAAUGCUAGCUAAGGGAUAUGCCCGGGAAACAGCUGGAAGGAAUAAAAUUUGUUUCACAUCCACUAGUGAUUCAGUGAACUGGCGAGACAUGCCAACGGUGGAGAUGAAAUUUGUAAGGUCUAUCUUGAAGCUCCCGUCAGAGAAUGUGUUCUAUCGAGUGUCAGCAGAUAAAAUUUGCUCCACAUUUCAGCCAGAUGUUGCUGGACUGACAGGGGUUCCGAUUCUGGGGAACAGGGCAACAAGAUCAUUCAGGGUCGUGUAUGAUAUCCAAGACAGCAAGUUUGGGUUUCAAGCUGGUGCUUGUUGACACAGGUACAUGGCUACCUGGAGCAGACAAGACUAUAAUAUUUUGAUGUACAAACUGAUGAAGGUCCUCAGUAUUGAUUGGUGUUGGUACUGGAUUAACAGUGCAUCUAUGUUGUGUGCCUUUUUUGUUUUCUAAAUAUACAAUCAUAUAAGUGUUCGCAAAAAACAAUGAUCGCAUAGUCCAUCAGAAAUGACGAAAUGCACACCAACCCAUGAAUCAGUUUGUUUGAAAACAAGCUAGUUGUCGAGCGUUUGUUCUUUACUGCAUUUUCUGUUCAGUUUGUUGAAUUGUUGUUUGUAUGCAAUAAAAGCUGUGUUACUUUCUUU